AGAGGGGAGAGGUGCGAGCCCGAAGCUCCUCCCUGCUGAUUGUUGAGCGCGUGAGUGAUUCAGUCGCAUUGUUUGAGAGGAGCGGAUCAAAAGCCCCACACCGAGAACCUCCUCUUCUCAUGGAAAUAAAGUGUCUGCCUCUCAUUCACACCCGUUUCUGGAAUGCAAAUAAGUCGAGCACGAGAGAAGUUACUGAGAAAAGUUACGAGUGAGGAGCACGCGGGACCGGGGUACUGGAGAGACCCUUUGGAGACGCGGACCCCCGGACGCGCACACCCGCUGAAUGAGGGCGUUUAUUUAGACGGGUCGAUGCGGUAUUGCUGAGAGUUGACCAUGCUCGCCUCUGCACGGUGCGCGGUUGUGUUCGGGCUGCUGUGCGCGGCGCUCUGCGCGGGCGCGUCGCCGUGUCCCGCCGGAUGCGAGUGCUCGGAAGCCGCGCUCACGGUCAAAUGCGUCUCCAAAGAUCUGCGGGACAUACCGAGCGGCAUCCCGAGCUACACCAGAAACCUCUUCAUCACCGGAAACCGCAUCAGCCAGAUCGGACCCGAGUCUUUCCAGGGACUGGACAACGUGACCAAUUUAUCACUGUUUAACAACAGGAUCUCAGAAGUGAAGUCUCACACGUUUUCUAGCCUGCAGAGCCUCAGAUUGCUGGACCUCAGCAACAACCAGCUGGCCAUCAUCCAUCCUGAGGCGUUCACCGUCCAGAGCCGCAUGCUGAGGGAGCUCAACCUCAGUCGGACUCUCUACAAUCACUCGUCCGUCAUUGAUUUAGCCACCUCUCUUCGCUGGAGCAGCCUGGAAGACCUGCUGGGACUGGAUCUGUCCAGUAAUGGCCUUGUUUACUUGCCCCCGGGCAUCUUUUGCCAUCUUGCUGGCCUGCGGCGCCUUCAGCUUGGCAACAACUCUAUAGUGUCCAUCCAUAACGGGACGUUCACAGGACUGGAUCACCUCCAGGAACUCGACCUCACCCAAAACGCCCUCAGGACCCUGCGUGAAGAGGCUCUAAAAGAGCUGGAGCAGAUGCGUUCGGUGAGGCUCCACCUGGCGGAUAAUCCUUACACCUGCACAUGCGACAUCGAGCCUUUCGCCGCCUGGCUGAACAGCUCACGAGCGCGAGUGGUGGACGUCGAGCGCCUGACUUGCGUGUUCCCAGAUGCCUUGCAGAACACAUCACUACUGACGGUGGGCCAACUGGAGUUGGGUUGCCAUAAGGCGGGGGAAAGUGACAAUCUCGCACUGCAGACCUCUUACGUGUUCCUGGGUCUCGUGCUGGGAUUUGUUGGGCUCAUGUUUCUCUUUGUGCUCUACCUGAACCGCAGAGGUAUUAAGAAGCGCAUCUACGACAUGCGCGACGCAUGCCGGGAAGUCUGGGAAGGGUACCACUACCGAUACGAGAUCGACUCCGAUCCCAGACUGUCGCAAUUCUCCUCAACAGCUGAUGUGUGAGCUCUUCCCAAACUGAGCUUCUUAUAUAAACUAGUUUUCUAUUGCAUUUAUACUUGGAAAAUCUCCAUUUGUGGCGAACAGUGUUACAUUACAAGUAACGCGAGUUACGUAAUCAGAUUACUUUUUUUUCAAGUAACUAGUAAAGUAAUCCAUUACUUUUAAAUGUACGAUGAAAUGUCCGAGUUACUUUACCGGUGUGCAGAGGCACUUCCUUCAGCCUGAGGCUUAUCCAUUUCAUUUUUGGUGUGAA